AUGGCCAAAAUUAAUGCAACUUAUGGUUCCGGCUACUACCUCGCGCCUGACGUGGACUACCGCAGGCUUGAGGAACAACAGAGAUUAGAGCGCAAGCGGAAAAAGGUGAAGGGCGAAGCGGUUUCUCCGUCCGAGAGAGACGCCAUACGCCAAACGUUUGCAAUGCCAUUCAACGUUAUUUGUCUUCACUGUAACUGUCGGAUUGCACGGGGCGCACACGGUUAUGUGAACCGUAGGGCGACAGAUGAAACAUACAUGGGGAUCCGCAUAUGGGAGCUGGAAAUCCGCUGCAUGUUCUGUAAGGGUCACAUUUAUCUCAAGACAGAUUACGAAACCGCCAAACUGACAGGUGGGUAUCAUUGCAGUCGCAACUGCAGACGCGGCGAGGGCGACUUCUACGGGACAAACCAAAUAAAUGAGGAGGUGAAGGCCCAACGGGCAGCUGAAAAAGCGGAUGAGGGAACAGUAGAUGCACUGGAGCGUGAGAAUGAGGUGAUGCUUCAGCUACAGGAAAGAGAGCGUUUGGUGGAGGAGCUCGUGGAGGCCAGAGCUGGCACGGAGGAGGCUCAGACGCGUGAUGAGCUCCUGCAGGUGAUCCGAGCCAGGAAGCAGCAAGGAGCUUUGAUGGUGGGGGACGGGAUUGAAGGUGAGUUUCAGCCGGAAGCAAAGCGCUCAGCUGAGGAAGAAGAAGAGAUGUACCAGCGCUUCGAAGCACAGCUGCGACUUUGGGGUGGUGAAGGCACUUCGUCUUGGCGGGAGCAACAUGAUCAACAACAGCGGAGCGGGGCAAAGAAGGGUGGUGGAGGUGAGGAGGAGGAAGUGACAGCAGCCCUCAUAGCGAGGUAUGCAGGUGCUGAAGGGAAAUAUGGAAACGUUUUCGUCGACGAUUCGGAGGAUAGCAACGACGAUGAUCGCGAAGGGAAGUCCGUUCCACUGCCCAGUGCUACCACGACGCCUUUAACGACGUCCCCAUCUACAUCAGCAAAUGAGAAAAGCAACUUAGUUUCAGUCUUGCGGAAAGGGAGUGCAUUGGCUUCCUUGCUUGACGAUUGA